AUGUCCUUCCACCAUCCUAUGAACGACCAGCACUACAGAUCCACCAACAUGGACCAGGAAAUGCAGCUCGUGCCGGACUUUGUCUUUCCUCCUCGACCCACAACAGAGCAGUCUGUCAUGUCAAACCCCAGACGACCAAUGUCAAUGAAUCUGGCUCCCACAUCACACCAUGGUCGCUCUCGGUCAGCGCGGCAGUCUACAUCCGCCCUGCCAACCUUCAGCUUCAACUCGUCUGACACUUCUGGCCGUCAAGACAACCAACCUUCAUCACCCACAAUCAUGACAACUCCUACUAGCCCACCAAAGAGCGCUGGACAUCGUAGAGGAGCAAGUGAACUGGUCGGCGGAGACAGUCGAAUGGCUUUGAUGCUAGGCCCUAGUCCUUCAAAACAUCUUGGUGCUCUGCCUGUGCCAGAUCUCAGUGGUUCGCCAUCUCGCAGACGUGGACACGCCCAUCGCAGAUCAACUGCCAUCUCCGGUCAUGAUCUGAACAGCAUUCUCCAACCAAGAGACGCCAACGUACGACCACAAAGCGCGAGUCCACAAACGCCCACUGAAUCUGUCUCCCAACCACAUCCUUCACCAGCGAAAUCAGUCAACGAGGAUCGUAAGUCUAGCGAAAGCGUCAUGACUGUGCUAUCUCCCUCUGGAUCACUUGCGGAAGAGCCGAUUGCACGCCCACCUUCUAGACCCCGCGUUGGUUUCUCGGAGAAGAUCGAGUUCAUCCCUCGACCACUUUCGACUGUUUCUGCAGACACUACCAGCUCCGCAUCUACUGUGCGUGGUCACUCCGUAGGAAACAGCUUGUCUUCGGUCAUCAGUCUCGGUGGUAUUGGAAAUCCUUCUCCUAGAAGGACAAUGAUAACAAUACCCGAUCUUCCUUCUGAAGUGUCGCCCAGAACGGUGUCAAAUAUGGCAUCUGACACGAUGGUCAAUGCCGAAAUGCCUGUUCUAAGCCCUCCUCCGACCUUCAAACUCCCUAACAACAGCCUAUCCUUCGCUCCGGAACCUGCUGCCGAAGUUCCUCGACUUUCCAAAAAGAAAAACUUCUUGAAACUCGACCGUCGCCGCAGUGAGCCACUGAUCUCGCUCACGGCAUCAGCAGACAUUGGAACUUCCACCAUCUCGCUGCAAGAGCCUGUGGUUUGUGAUGACUCUCAGAUCCCUGCAAGAAAAUCUGAAGCUGUCAGCCAGGGCUUGCAUCGCGAGUCCUCCCGCAAGAGAGUUAAGAAGUGGGCAACCUCAAUUCUUGGUCGUAAGGCCAAGGAUGCAAAGAAAGCAAAGCAAACAGCCGAUGCUUCAGAGGAGAGUGAGAAUGGCGAACAGACUCCUGAUCUAGGACCACAGGUGUCAGAUACGUUCGGUGAAGAACCUGAUCUUGAUGCUUUAUUUGGUCAAGAUCCUUUUACCGAUGCCGACGAUAUCACAAGUCCGUCAAUUCUCUCACCACGCUCGGAAAUGUUGGAUUCAUUCUUCCCUUUUCUCUCGCCUUCUUCGNNCCAGGGAAAUGAUGACACGAGUCCCGUCAUUGAUUUGGACGCCGCUCUAGGCCCUUACGGAACCCCUACAAUGAGCUGGGAAGAAUCCCGCCCUGUUACGAAGAGAAGACAACUUCACAGCAGUCGGUUGAACAGAGACUUCACAGGACCGGGCAUGCACUACCACCGUAGAACAGAAAGUGCCCCUGCUUUGGUCCCCUUCGAGUUUGCUGGUAGAGCCAGCUCUCCCGGACAAUCUCCAAUGGACGAUGUGUUUGAAGAAGAGGAAGAUGAGUUACCUGUUGAGGGGGUCAAGGAACCGAGCAUUAGCGAAGCAUCGAGCCAAGCAGAUGAAGAAGUCGGCACUGGUAUUCAGAUUGUCGACACUGCCAACGCGCAGCUUGAGCCAAACUUCGACCGGAGCUUCGAAGAUGGUCUUGGAAUCGAGUCUCAAGGCUCAUUGAGGGGUGCUCAGACUUGUGACUAUCCUCAGCGUCAGUCCACCCCACCACGCACAUCGGUGGUCGAAGAUACUAUUGUUGAGGAACCCACGCUCUUAGAAACUGUUUCAGACGAUGAAGAGCCUCGAGCUUCUUCUGUCACAAAAUCCUCGGAGUCUAGUGGUGCUCGCACUAUCUCGGCAGAUGACACUGGUCUUGGCCUUCCUGCUCCUAACAAUGUUCCCCUCACACCUACCUCUAAUGUCGCCUCAACCUUCUCAUCUCCGGACCUUGCGCGCAACCAAGAAUCCUUCGACGCACUACGUCUUGGUACAUCGGCAUCUUCGAUCGCUGAUACCCGUACCAUGAGCUCCUUCACCACUGCAGAGCCAACCCCCGAGCUAUACAUGUCGGCUGAUGAUGUUCCCUCUCUGACUAGCAGUCGUUCGACCAUGAUCAGUACCAUGUACCAAACAAGUCCCCGUCGCGAGACCAUGGAUCGACCUGUGUCGGUGGCAUGUGGCAAUGGUCAGGCAGAUAUGCAAGCUUCUGAACGUCGUCGCAAGCGUUCGAGUAUUCAAAGCUUGAGCAUGCUCCUAGGUGGCCCCUUUGGUGAGAGCAGGCACAGUCUCAGGACCGAGCAACGUCCUCAGACAGCCAUCCCACCAUCUGUUCACCAGGAAAACAAGAGGAAGAAGGAGCAUCGUCUGAGUAAGCUGAUGUUCUGGAGAUCCAAAAGCGAUUCACGUACCAACCCUUUUCAAACCAAGUGA